UGUCCGCACACUGUGGCGACAGGGGUGACGGUGACGGAGUGUAUCUCCGGGACGCAGGGGUGGCGAGGCCUGGGGGAGGGGUGGAGCGCGGAGGAGGCUGCGGUCCCGCCUCGCCCACCGCAGGGCCGGGCGCAGUGUCCGGCGAGCCCAGUGGUUAGCGAUGGCGCUGCUGUCGCUGCUGCCACCGCUGCUGCCGCUGCUGCUGGCGGUGCCGGCGGGCUCCGCCGAGGGCGCGGCGGUGGCACUCACCCCCGAGCGGCUUCUCGAGUGGCAGGAUAAAGGGAUCUUCAUUAUCCAAAGUGAGAACCUCGAGAAAUGCAUUCAAGCCGGCAAAUCUACACUGACCCUGGAGAGUUGCAAACCACCCAACAAGUACAUGCUGUGGAAGUGGGUUUCAAACCACCGCCUCUUUAACAUCGGAGGCAGCGGCUGCCUGGGCCUGAAUGUGUCUGAUCCAGAGCAGCCACUGAGCAUAUACGAGUGUGAUUCCACCCACAUCUCCUUGAAGUGGCGCUGUAACAGGAAGAUGAUCACCGGCCCGCUCCAGUACAUGGUCCAGGUGAAGCACGACAACACGCUUGUGGCCUCCUGGAAAUAUCUUCAUAAGUGGGUUUCCUAUAUGUCAGGCGGUGGAGGCAUUUGUGAAUAUCUGCACAAAGAUUUGUAUACAAUCAAAGGGAAUGCCCAUGGGACACCGUGUAUGUUUCCCUUCCAGUAUAACCGGCAGUGGCAUCAUGAAUGUACCCGGGAAGGGCGGGAAGACAACUUGCUGUGGUGUGCCACGACCAGCCGAUACGAAAGAGAUGAGAAGUGGGGAUUUUGCCCAGAUCCCACAUCUACAGAGGUGGGUUGUGACGCUGUCUGGGAGAAGGAUCUCAAUUCACACAUUUGCUACCAAUUCAACCUGCUUUCCUCCCUCUCCUGGAGCGAGGCACACUCUUCAUGCCAGAUGCAAGGAGGUGCUUUAUUAAGUAUUGCAGAUGAGACUGAAGAAAAUUUCAUAAGGAAGCACUUUGGCAAUGAAGCAGUGGAAGUAUGGAUAGGUCUGAAUCAGCUAGAUGAAAAUGCUGGUUGGCAGUGGUCGGAUAGAACACCACUCAACUAUCUGAACUGGAACCCAGAAAUAAAUUUUGAGCCAUUUGUUGAAUAUCACUGUGGAACUUUUAAUGCAUUUAUGCCAAAUGCCUGGAGAAGUCGGGAUUGUGAGUCCACUUUGCCUUACAUAUGUAAAAAAUAUCUAAACCAUACUGAUCACGAAGUAGUUGAAAACGAUGCUUGGAAAUAUUAUGCUACCCACUGUGAGCCUGGCUGGAAUCCCCACAAUCGUAAUUGCUAUAAACUUCAGAAAGAAAAAAAGACCUGGAAUGAAGCUUUGCAUUCUUGCCAGUCUAAUAACAGUGCAUUAAUAGACAUAGAUUCGUUAGCAGAAGUGGAGUUUCUUGUAACCCUCCUUGGAGAUGAAAAUGCAACAGAAACAUGGAUUGGUUUGAGCAACAAUAAAAUUCCAGUUUCCUUUGAAUGGUCUGAUGGCUCCUCAGUCAUCUUUACUAAUUGGCACACACCUGAGCCCCAAAUUUUUCCAAAUACAAGCGAGCUAUGUGUCUCAGCGGAGCAAUCUGAGGGACACUGGAAAGUUAAAAAUUGCAAAGAAACACUUUUUUACGUUUGUAAGAAAACAGGCCGUGUCCUUUCUGACACUGAAUCAGGUUGCCAAAAGGGAUGGGAGAGACAUGGUGGAUUCUGUUACAAAAUUGACACCGUCCUUCGAAGCUUUGACCACGCCUCCAGUGGUUACUACUGUCCUCCUGCACUUGUAACCAUUACAAACAGGUUUGAACAGGCUUUUAUUACCAGUUUGAUCAGUAGUGUGGUAAAAACGAAGGACACUUAUUUUUGGAUAGCUCUUCAAGAUCAAAAUGAUACAGGAGAAUACACUUGGAAGACGGCAGGGCAGAAGUCAGAGCCGGUGAAGUACACACACUGGAAUGCACGUCAGCCCCGCUACAGUGGUGGCUGUGUUGUCAUUCGAGGAAGGAGUCCCCCUGGUCGCUGGGAAGUGAAGGACUGUAGACACUUUAAGGCAAUGUCCCUGUGCAAGCAACCAGUGGAAAAUCAGGAGAAACCUGAGCAAGAAGAGAGAUGGCCCUUUUCCUCCUGCUAUUUGGAUUGGGAGUCAGAGCCUGGCCUGGCCAGUUGCUUCAAGAUAUUUCAUAGUGAAAAAGUUCUGACGAAAAGAACAUGGAGAGAAGCUGAAGAAUUUUGUGAAGAAUUUGGAGCUCAUCUUGCAAGCUUUGCCCACAUCGAGGAAGAGAAUUUUGUGAAUGAGCUUUUACAUUCAAAAUUUAAUCGGACAGAAGAAAGGCAGUUCUGGAUUGGAUUUAACAAAAGAAACCCACUGAAUGCUGGCUCUUGGGAGUGGUCUGAUGGAACUCCUGUUGUCUCUUCAUUUUUAGACAAUAAUUAUUUUGGAGAAGAUGCAAGAAACUGUGCUGUUUAUAAGGCGAAUAAAACGUUGCUACCCUCAUACUGUGGUUCCAAACGUGAAUGGAUAUGCAAAAUUCCAAGAGAUGUGAGACCCAAGAUUCCACCCUGGUACCAGUAUGAUGCACCCUGGCUCUUUUAUCAGGAUGCAGAGUACCUUUUUCAUACCUCUGCCACGGAAUGGUCCUCCUUUGAGUUUGUCUGUGGCUGGCUGCGCAGUGAUAUUCUCACUAUUCAUUCUGCACGUGAACAAGAAUUCAUCCAUGGCAAAAUAAGAGCGCUAUCAAAGUAUGGUGUAAACUGGUGGAUUGGACUUCGGGAAGAAAGAGUCAAUGAUGAAUUUCGUUGGAGAGAUGGGUCACCAGUAAUAUACCAGAACUGGGACAAAGGAAAAGAAGAAUCCAUGAUUAAUCAGAGCCAGAGAUGUGGCUUCAUUUCAUCCAUAACAGGACUCUGGGCUAGUGAAGAGUGUUCAGUUUCUAUGCCUAGCAUCUGUAAGCGAAAAAAGUUUUGGAUCAUAGAGAAAGAGAAAGAUACACCAAAAAAACAUGGAACAUGUCCCAAAGGAUGGUUAUAUUUUGACUAUAAGUGCCUUUUGAUGAAAAUCCCCAAGGACCCAAGCGAUUGGAAGAACUGGACAUCUGCUCAAGAUUUUUGUGUUGAAGAAGGGGGGACACUUGUCGCCAUUGAAAAUGAGGUGGAACAAGCUUUCAUUACUAUGAAUCUUUUUGGCCAUACCACUAAUGUGUGGAUAGGGUUACAAAUUGAUGAUUAUGAAAAAUGGCUAAAUGGAAGGCCCGUGUCAUAUUCUAAUUGGUCCCCAUUUGAUAUAGUAAAUAUUCCAAGUCAUAACACCACCGAAGUUCAAAAACGCAUUCCUCUCUGUGCCUUGCUGUCAAAUAAUCCUAAUUUUCACUUCACUGGAAAAUGGUAUUUUGAAGACUGUAGAGAAGAAGGCUAUGGGUUUGUUUGUGAAAAAAUGCAGGAUACUUCUGGACACAGUAUAAAUACAUCUGAUAUGUACCCAAUCCCCAAUACCUUAGAAUACGGAAACAGAACUUACAAAAUAAUUAAUGCAAAUAUGACUUGGUAUACAGCACUAAAAACCUGCCUGAUGCACGGAGCAGAGCUGGUCAGCAUUACAGACCAGUACCACCAGUCUUUCCUCACUGUUAUCCUCAACCGGCUAGGACAUGCCCACUGGAUUGGACUGUUCACUGAAGAUAAUGGUCUUAAUUUUGACUGGUCAGAUGGCACCAAAUCCUCCUUCACUUUUUGGAAAGACGAUGAGUCAUCCUUCCUGGGUGACUGUGUUUUCGCUGACACCAGUGGACACUGGAGUAGCACAGCCUGUGAGUCAUAUCUGCAAGGAGCCAUUUGUCAUGUGCCCACAGAAACAAGACCAUUUGGAUACCCAGAGUUGUGCUCAGAAACAUCUAUUCCCUGGAUAAAAUUCAAAAGUAAUUGCUACAGUUUUUCUACCGUCUUAGACAGUACGAGUUUUGAGGCUGCUCACGAAUUUUGCAAAAAGGAAGGAUCUAAUCUUUUAACAAUCAAAGAUGAAGCUGAAAAUUCAUUUCUCCUAGAUCAGCUUUUAGCUUUCAGUUCUUCUGUCAAGAUGGUUUGGCUGAAUGCUCAAUUUGAUGGUGACAAUGAAACCAUAAAGUGGUUUGAUGGAACUCUCGCAGACCAGUCAAACUGGGGUAUUAGGAAGCCAGAGAUGGACCACGUCAAACCCCAUCUGUGUGUUGCCCUGAGGAUUCCCGAAGGAGUGUGGCAGUUAUCCUCAUGUCAAGACAAAAAAGGAUUUAUAUGUAAAAUGGAAGCAGGACCAAGUCACAGCAUUAUACCCCUUGCAGUAGCAGUGACACUGAUAGUAAUUCUGGCAAUUUCCACACUUUCCUUCUGCAUAUACAAGCACAAUAGUGGUAUCUUCAGGAGACUUGCACAGUUUGGAAAUCCUUACUAUCCUGCAACCAACUUUAGUACAGUAAAUUUAGAAGAAAAUAUUCUCAUUUCUGAUCUUGAGAAGAAUGACCAAUAAUAAUGAAGUGAGAGGAUGCCACGGCCAUGAGAAUGAGUAAAGAAGAGUACUUUCCUUUACAGACCAGAUGCCGCUCUAAUGUGAAUCGUGUCACCAUUUUAAUUAUUCUUAAAAUGAUUACUGGUUUUGAAUUGUAACCAAAUCAGAUAGGUGUUCAUUUAUUCAUUUCCUCGAACUGUGAUCUAUUCUUUAAAAGGGGAGAUUUUACAAUGGCUAUUCUUCAGAAAACAAAAACUAUUAAAAGAAACUCCCAAAUGAAAACUCUCAAACCAAUGUGAAUAAUAGUUUUUGCAUUACUAUGCUUCUACCAAAAAUUUUUGGGAAUUUUAAAACUAAUCUGAUAUCUAUUCAGACAUUUGCCAAUACUCAUUCCAUUAAAAGAGAGAGGCAGAGAAAAGCAAAACAAAUUUUAAAGUCCUACACUUGUAUAAGAGAGGAAAAAAGAAAAGGCUUUUGAGAGGUUUCUUGUUUGUUUUUUAAUUUGAUCAGUUUAACAGCAGGGUUUGGAAAACACUAAUUUCUAAGCUUAAAACUCACAGGUUCUGGGCUCUAUACUAGUAUUUAGGGUGACAUUCAUUUUUAUUAGUUCUGACUUCUCAAACUAAAGGAGAAGAAAAAUAACCUUUCUUUAAGUAGUAAAAAUCUUGGUUAGCAGCACAAUUUCAUAAGCAACCAUGCAAUGUGGCCUAAAAUCAUCAAUUACUAAAUGAUGACAAAGUUGGAUAGUUAAAAAAUCUUAUAGAUAAGCUCAGAGGGACUUAUUGUUAUCCUAAUACUGUUAAAAUUCACAAGCUUUAUCAAAGACUAAAGGUAUAAAAUGUAUAUAUACCACUUCUAAUAACCAAAAGAUAUAAAUAACUUGAAUUUAAAGGGGAAAAAUGAAAGAUGUGAAUUACAGUUUCAUCAGAACAAUACAAGUACUAAAUAAAUUACUCUUCAGCAGUAA